CGCACAGGCACACUUUUGCAGACGGAGCUUCCGGAGCUGCAGCCUCGCGCACUUGUGCUUUCUUUCUACACCAUGAAGGAGCAGAGCUGCACGGAAGAGAUCACCAACAUCCUUCAAGAGGCCCCGGUGGCCCGGAAGGCGCUUCUGGAUAACUACAACAACCUGCGCAAUGUGGCCGAAUACUGCGAGAACAGCUACCUCCAGGCAGGUGGAGAUACCAUCAAAGCUCUGGAGGAAACCAAGGCCUUCACCACUCAGUCUUUAGCCAGUGUGGCCUACCAGAUUAGCACGCUAGCCACCAGUGUGCUAAAACUUCUGGACGCUCAGUGCUCACAGCUCCGUCACAUCGAGUCUAACAUCAACCUCAUCGGACUGACGGUUGACAUGCACAGGGAGAAAGUGGCACGUCGAGAGAUUGGUGCCUUCACCGUGGCUAAGAGAUACUCGAGGAGCAGUAAAAUCAUCCCACCUGCAACCAGCAAAGAUCCUAAACCCAAAUACAGCAGAACUCCAAUCACCUACAGCAACCUGGAUACACUGGGACACGGCAUGAAGGACUCAAAGCCACAGGAAAGAAAAGCGACUAUAAACCGUAAACAUGGAGGCACGCUCAGCAGGAACCGUCCUACCGAGUGUCCCGUGGCUCCGACUUUGUCUCGUGGAUCCUCCGUGACGUCUCUCAGUGACAAAUCCACCAUCUCCAGUUUCGGGAAAGCCGUUCCUCCUCCGGUCAUCCCGAGCUGGCCUGCGACCCCUGAGACUGACAUCAUCAGCACGCUGCUGGAGGACACACCUCCUCCCCCGCCUCCACCCAUGAACGGAGAAGAAAGGGCAGGGUCUGAGAUUGUGGUAGCUCCACCCCCUGCUCCUCCCCUUGACAUGUAUGAUUUCCUUCCUCCUCCUCCUGUCAAUCCUGUGGAGGAGAACCAUGAGCUAGCACCUCCUCCGCUGCUGGAGACAGUCCCUGAAGAGAAUAGCCUUCCUCCUCCAGAGGCUGACGGACUCCAUCUUCCAGCUCCUCCUCCUCUUCCACAAUCCCUGGAGAACGGAGAAGCUCGUUGCUCUCGCCGUUCUCGGGGGCGUCGACCUCCCAGCACCCGCUCUCUCUCUCUACGGGUCCGCUCAGGCUCCGCCCCUCGCACGCUGCACACACGCUCGCUCUUCCUGCCCAACAACCAAUCACUCAUUAUCCCCCCGCCCCCUCCAUACCCGCCUCCUCUGGCUCCGCCCACUUUCAGCUCUCUGUCCAGGAUUCCUGCUCGGCUGCAGCACCUGGACCUGGAGAUUCCGGCUCCUCCUCCCCCUCCUCCCCCACCUAUGGACUGCAUGGAUGGCUUUGAGGAAGUUCCUCCUUUACCUCCACCCGUGGAUUACGACACCUCUGCUCCUGCACAAUACCUGGAGAAAGUGGUGGCACUGUACAGCUAUGAGGCAGGCAAACCGGAAGAGUUGACAUUUCAGGAAGGAGACAUCAUCUACCUGACAAAGAGGAACGAUGACGGCUGGUGUGAGGGCUUCCUGAAUGGCAUGAAUGGGUACUUCCCUGGAAACUACAUCGAAACCAUGAGCUAAAUAAACACAGCCAAGUUAUAUAUAUUUUUAAAAAGCAAAAAUGAUGAAAUGCACAGCGUAUGUUUGAUUACUGCAUACAAAAAACAAUUUUAUUAAAUGCUAAAUAAAUGUUCUAACGUCUGUCUAGGUUCCUCAAUAUCACCGUUCUUUAAAUCGGCACUGAUUUUGAGAAAUAAUUUAAGUAUUUAUUAACACCAGCUAACAGAACCCGGAUCAGUCGAGCCUUCUCCUUAUUAAUACUUUAUUCAAGUUAGUAGUUAAUAUAUGAUCGCGGGAGCAUGAUUUCCCAGAAUGCCUUGCUUUGAUGUGUUUACAUACAAACCUUUGGAAAGAAUCAUGUAAACAGCAACAUUUUUGUAAAUAAAAACGUUUCAC